UUAAAAAAAAACCCAUCAACAAUCAAACAGAAAAUGCAGACUUCGAUCUACUUGCCUUGUUCAUCAGUACCUUUCCUCUCUACCAAAUUAACCUCAACUUUCUUAUUUCCUGCUAAACACCGUAUUAAAACAUCAUCAUCAUCAACUUCUUCUUCUUAUUCUAUCGCCAUCAAAGCAGCUGAAGUGGAUUACAGCUCCAUGAAGUCCUCUGUUUUCCCGGCAGAAGCAUGCGAGAUUUUGGGUGGCGUGGCUUGUGAUGUUGAAAUGUUCCCCGAGACCAAACCAAAAGAAGCUAACACCGCCUCCUCCAAGCACAAGGUUACUACUACUGACAGAGAGUAUCUCCAGUACGACAGUCCCAAAACGGUGUUUAUUGCAGAGGCCUGCGAUGAUCUUGGAGGAGAAUUCUGUGAACCAGCCUACCAGUACCAGAGUGAUUGAUGAUGGGAUGGGGUUAAUUAACAUCUUGGUUUCAACCAUACUUCAUGUAUAUUAAUUACCAACUCUUAAUAUUAUUAAUCCUUUACAUCC